GCGAGAAGUAAGGGAAAUUUCGUCAAGGACGACGAGCAAUCGAAUUCAAUAUGUAAGAUCGGGCCCGAGGGUGUCCCCAAUUCGUCAAGGACCACAAAGAUCAGUUGAUGGAAGCCCCGAUUCUGUUCGACGGUGACUUAUCUCGUCUGACCCCCAAUUGACAAUGGAGUGGGUUGCGGCACUCUUGCCAGAUCAUAAUGUCGGUCUCGAUGAUAGUUUAGAGCCCUCAAAUCUCACCACUGCUGGAUUGCUCAAAUUGGGUCACCUGCUGCACGUUGCGUCCAACGAAGUUCCAAUAUGGCGAACCCGAAACAGUUCGAGAUUCGGCGAAAUUGAUGGAAACGGAAUCCUCUUCUAUCAAUUUGCAGUAUACCUUGACGUCCUGCUCCGCACAAAGGUCUCUUACAAAUUCGGUACCGAAAGCUGGCCUCUCACGCUGGUAGUUAGCGUCGAAGACGAUAACAUGCACUACUCGUAUACACCGAGGAGCGAUUUCUCCGUAUGGACGCAUAACUUACCCCGCCUCAUAGUGGAGGUCUGUUCGGAUACGACUCACCACAAUGAUAGAACUCGCAUGCUUCUUCAGGGAGCGAGUGCCGUUCGUUUGGCAAACCGAACUUUGACCGACAAAGAACGCAAGUUUGUGUUGAUGGCCAUUUAUUUCACCGAAGGCGGUUUCGCAGAACGCUAUUUCCUGUACCAAGUCAAGGAUUCAUCAAAAGUUCAUUACGUACAGGACUUCAAGUUUGACAUGUCGAACAAGGUUGAAAGGUUUCAGCUUGCAAAGCAACUGUACAAUUUCGCAUUUUGCCUGAAGGACGCAGAUGCAGACAAAUUCAGCGGCGUAGCAUCCAAGAUCGAAGAGAUCAACGCCAGCAUUCGACAAAACGAAUGGCCGGCGUUCUAUACGAGGAAAAGCACCAAGCGCGCUCGCACUGAUGGUGAUGAAGGGCGAUCUACCACCGGCCAAGGUGGUACUGGCGGCGGCAGCGGUGCACAGGAGGAGUUCGAAGCAGAAGGAUACGAGCUGGUACCUGAUCGUUUUGAGUCGGGAGGCACGUGGGAACCGUUGUACAAGCUACCACCACACAUACGCACUGUGCGUCGUGUAGGAGACUCCAGCAGGACGGAAUUCAUCGCAAAACGAAUCAGCGACAAAUCGAACGAGCUGAAGAUCCUCGAAUUUCUCCGCACGAUAAAGCCGCCAUCCGAGCACAUCAUCACUUUACUCAAAACAAUUAGAACAAGUUUGGGGAAGUACCUCAUAUUUCCGAAGAGAAGCUCCAUCGACGAGGAACUCGAAUUUCACGCUGACGGCGGUGUACUUCGUAGCAGGUUCAUUCAGCUCAGCCGCAAUCUGGCCAAAGAGCUAGCCUUCCUUCACGAGCACGGAGUAGCUCACCUGGACAUCAAGUUCGCGAACCUUGUCUACGCCGUCAGCUUCCGCCUGCAGAUCAUUGACUUUGAUAUCGCCGUCCGAGUCAAGGAUGCGGACCACGAGAUCGACAAGUACUGUAGCAGUCGCGGAUGGAUAGCGCCGGAAAUUAGGGAGGAGAACGGUCCGCGAACCAUGUACAGCCCCAUCAGGGCCGACAGAUGGUCUUGUAGUCGUGUUUUCUACCUCUUUGCUGAGAGGAUGAGGAGGAAUGGGGACAAGGAUGAAGGCCUCAUGGCCUUUGCGACACAGCUGAUGGACAAGAAUCCACGGCAUCGACCCUCGUUGACUGAGUGGUCCGAACCGUCCAAUGCUCCACCAUAUGGCGUUGGAAACAGGUUGGAGGACAAGCAAGAGAGACCUGAAACUUGCAGGGUCGCUGACAAAUCGAUGAUACCAGCGAAGAGGCGCAAAGUCGAUACAGUCGAUACAGAUGGUGUUUCAGCAAAUGUCAACACUAAUGACGUCGCCCGACCUAUAUCGACUUACGCCUGAGGCUUGCCAGUAUCUUCUUGUCAUUGUCACGUUUGUAGGAGUAAUAUUUUGUAGGACUGAGACUUCUAAGUACGGCCGCCCAGCGGGCGCGCUUUCGUGACGCCCAGCGUGGCUCGCAAGAUGUAUGCAGCAAAAGUUUCGUCGCGCAAUAGGUCAACAUAAUGGUAGUGGCAUACAGGGUAAUAAAGGACGUGAUUAUGAGUAACCUCAGCAUGUGCGUGAUGCUCGUUCAAGCAAUCUCAGGGCGGGCGUACCCUCAGACCAACAAAGCCCUCCUCAAGCAACCGUAGAUCGCAACGCUCAGUUCAUUUGCCUAAUGAGCUUGUUCUCCUCGCGGUUGCCGAAGUCGCCACCCUCCGUGUUCUCCAGCCGCCAGUAUGGUUAACAGCUUGAAGGGCCAGAGGAAGUUUGACGCCUACGAAGGCACAAUUCGUACGCCACGCGAUAAUCAUCAUAAAGCCUCAA